GCGGGUCACCCCGGAAGACGUUGCAUUCAUUGCAUCAGUCGGUGGGGACUCAUGUGCUCACUAAGCUGACGUCUCUUUCUGUUUCAUUUACAGAGAUGGCCACUCUCUACGCGUCCCCUCACCCUGAUGACUUCAGGAGUCUCCUGCCUCUUAUAGCUGCGGAGUACAGUCCGUCCUCUCGCCCGCGGAUCGUCACGGAGGACCCUCCCGCGUCCCUGAACGCCCGCUCCAGACCGACCCUGGUGCUGGGUUCAGGGGGAGCUGACUCUGUCCUCAGUGGUUCCAAUGCUGUGGCUUGGUACUUGGCCUGUCAGGGCAGGAGGGCCGGUGUCGAUGCGAAGCAGCAGAGCCAGGUGUGGCAGUGGCUGAGCUUUGCAGACAAUGAGCUGACCCCUGUGGCCUGUGCUGUGGUCUUCCCACUGAUUGGAGUGAUAACAGUUGAUAAGAAGCUGCAGCAGAGUUCUCGUGUGGAGCUGAUGCGUGUGCUCAAGGUUCUGGAUCAGUCGCUGGCACCCAGAACUUAUCUGGUGGGUGAGAGCAUCACCCUGGCUGACAUGGCUGUGGCGACGGCGGUUCUUCUCCCCUUCAAAUAUGCGCUGGAGCCAUCUGACAGGAAGACUUUAACAAAUGUUACCAGAUGGUUCACGACCUGCAUUAACCAGCCGCAGUUCCUGAAGGUGCUGGGGGAGAUCGCUCUCUGUGAGAAGAUGGUACCGGUGACACCAAAGACAAACGCUGCUGCAAACGCAAAAGCUGGUAGUGGCGGUUCUGCUGCUGAGCCUGCUGAUGCCACAGCUAAUGGCCCCCCGAAGACAGAAGCCCAGCUGAAGAAGGAAGCCAAGAAGAGAGAAAAGCUGGAGAAAUUCCAGCAGAAGAAGGAAAUGGAGGCAAAGAAAAAGUCACAGGCACCAACAGAGAAAAAGGCCAAACCGGAGAAGAAAGAGCUGGGAGUGAUUACAUACAACAUUGCUACGCCUGCUGGAGAAAAAAAAGACGUCGUCAGUCCGCUCCCUGACUCCUACAGUCCUCAGUAUGUGGAGGCGGCCUGGUAUCCUUGGUGGGAGAAGCAGGGAUUCUUCAAACCUGAAUACGGGAGGCGGAGUAUCAGUGAUCAAAACCCCCGGGGCAUCUUCAUGAUGUGCAUCCCGCCUCCUAACGUGACGGGCUCGCUUCACCUGGGCCACGCCCUCACCAAUGCCAUCCAGGACUCGCUGACAAGAUGGCACAGGAUGCGAGGGGAGACCACGCUGUGGAACCCGGGCUGCGACCACGCCGGCAUCGCCACCCAGGUGGUGGUGGAGAAGAAGCUGAUGAGAGAGAGGGGCCAGAGUCGCCACGAUCUGGGCAGGGACAGCUUCAUCCAGGAGGUUUGGAAAUGGAAGAAUGAGAAGGGAGACCGAAUCUACCACCAGCUGAAGAAACUGGGCUCCUCUCUGGACUGGGACAGAGCCUGCUUCACCAUGGACCCGAAACUUUCCUUCGCGGUCCAGGAGGCCUUCAUCCGCAUGCACGACGAGGGAGUGAUCUACAGGAGUAAGAGGCUGGUGAACUGGUCCUGCACUCUGAACUCUGCCAUUUCUGACAUCGAAGUGGAUAAGAAAGAGCUGACUGGCAGGACGCUGCUGCCCGUGCCUGGCUACAAGGAGAAAGUGGAGUUCGGCGUCUUGGUUUCCUUCGCCUACAAAGUGGAUGGAUCAGACGAGGAGGUGGUCGUGGCGACGACUCGUAUUGAAACCAUGCUUGGAGACACGGCCGUCGCCGUCCACCCCGCCGACGCCCGGUAUCAGCAUCUGAAGGGGAAAAUGGUGCUUCACCCCUUCUCCGACCGCAAGAUGCCCAUCGUGUUUGACGACUUUGUGGACAUGGGCUUCGGAACAGGCGCCGUGAAAAUCACCCCAGCCCACGACCAUAAUGACUACGAGGUUGGAGUGAGACACAACCUGGCCUUCAUCAACAUCCUGGACGAGAAUGGCCUGCUCAUUAACGUGCCUCCCCCCUUCCUGGGCAUGAAGCGUUUCGAGGCCAGGAAAGCGGUGCUCCAGGCGCUGCAGGACCGAGGCCAGUUUAAAGAGAUCAAAGACAACCCCAUGGUCGUCCCGGUCUGCAGUCGCUCCAAGGACAUCGUGGAGCCUCUGCUGAAGCCGCAGUGGUAUGUGAGCUGCUCCGACAUGGGCCGGCAGGCCGCGGACGCCGUCAGGGAGGGGAGGCUCAAAAUCAUCCCCGAUCACCACCUCAAGACCUGGUUCAACUGGAUGGACAACAUUCGGGACUGGUGCAUCUCUCGGCAGCUGUGGUGGGGCCACCGGAUCCCCGCCUACUUCAUCACUGUCAGCGAUCCCUCCGUCACACCGGGAGAGGACAUGGACGGUCAUUACUGGGUGAGCGGGAGAUCAGAGGAGGAGGCCAGAGAGAAGGCAGCCAAGCGAUUCAACGUGUCUCCUGACAAAAUCAGCCUCAGACAAGACGAGGAUGUUCUGGACACUUGGUUCUCCUCUGGCAUUUUCCCCUUCUCGAUCUUCGGGUGGCCUAAUGAGACCCAGGACCUGAGCGUCUUCUACCCCGGCACCCUGCUGGAGACGGGCCACGACAUCCUCUUCUUCUGGGUGGCCCGCAUGGUGAUGAUGGGCCUCAAACUGACCGGCAAGCUGCCCUUCAAAGAGGUCUAUCUGCACGCCGUGGUGCGGGACGCACACGGGAGGAAGAUGAGCAAGUCUCUGGGCAAUGUCAUCGACCCUCUGGAUGUCAUUACAGGGAUCUCCCUCGAGGGACUUCACGCCCAGCUGGUAGACAGCAACUUGGAUCCAUUGGAGAUGGAGAAGGCGAAGCAGGGCCAGAAGUCAGACUACCCAAAUGGCAUCCCAGAGUGCGGCACAGAUGCUCUCCGGUUUGCCCUGUGCGCCUACACGAGCCAAGGCAGGGACAUCAACCUGGACGUCAACCGCAUCCUGGGCUACCGUCACUUCUGCAACAAGCUGUGGAACGCUGUGAAGUUUGCCAUGAAGUCACUGGGAGACGACUUCGUCCCAGCAGAGAAAGCCCAGUUGUCUGGAGAGGAGAGCGUAUCGGACCGGUGGAUUCUGUCCAGGCUGAGCGCCGCCGUCGCUCUCUGCGACGCCGGCUUCAAGGCCUACGACUUCCCGACCAUCACCACCGCCAUCUACAACUUCUGGCUGUACGAGCUGUGCGACGUCUACCUGGAGAGUGUAAAGCCGGUGUUCAGCAAGGCUGAGGACGACGCCGCCAGCCAGAGACAGGCGCUGGUGUGCAGACAGACACUUUACACCUGCCUGGAGGUCGGCCUUCGCCUCCUCUCGCCAGUGAUGCCCUUCGUCACCGAGGAGCUCUACCAGAGGUUGCCACGACGACAGCAGAGCGACCCCCCCAGCAUCUGUGUCACCUCCUACCCCGAGACCGCAGAGUUCUGCUGGAGCAGUGAGGAGGCGGACCGCGACAUGGACUUCAUCAUGACCGUGGUGAAGACGAUCCGGUCUCUCAGGGCGGACUACAACCUGACCAAGACCAGAGCCGACUGUUACCUCCAGUGUGUCGACACUGCAACGGCGUCCCUGGUGCAGAAAUACAGCCUGCAGAUUCAGACCUUGUCUUACUCCCAGGCCGUCAUCCCUCUGACUGCCGGCCAGCCCGUCCCUGAAGGCUGUGCUGUGGCUAUCGCCUCUGACAGAUGUACCGUCAACCUCAUGCUCAAGGGCCUCAUUGACGUGGAGAAGGAAGUGGCCAAGCUGAUGACAAAGGAAAGCGACUUGGAAAAACAGAUGGAGAAACUGAGAGAGAAGAUGGUGAAGAAUGACUACAAGGAAAAGGUGCCAGUGAAGGUGCAGGAACAGGAUGCUGAGAAGCUGCGGCAGAGCCAAACCGAACUUGAGAAAGUGAAAGAAGCCGUAGAGAACUUCAGGAAAAUGAUGUAAACUCUCCCCUCUUGCAUUAUGCAAAUCAGGACCUCCUUUCACUCUUUUCUCGUCGUCGCGCUAAUUUUCAUAUUCAUUUUAUGAACCGAUUGUAGUACACAGGGAAUUCAAUAAAUCUCUCACAACACAAAGUGCUUCUCUAUGUAAUAUUCAUAAGCAAUUUAUUCAUCUGUGUCUCUUGUUUAUCUCCGCAAUUUGUUGAACACUUGGAUCAUAUCAUGACCAAAUUGAAUAAAAAUCCCUGAAGUCCA